UGUGUUUUGAAUCGGAGCAUUUUAACCGUCCGGCGGUGCCGCCACAGUUACAGCCCAAAAGGCGUGAAACGAGUGUAUGUUGUUUUCUUCUCACUAGACGGAAUACACUAUCGCACCAGCAUGGAUUUGGACUCCAUGAAAUACGCAGAGCUGCGAAGCCUCGCUAAGGAGCUCGGGCUUAAGGCGAACAUGAAGGCCGAUAAACUCCUGAAAGCGAUCAAGCAACAUUAUCAACCAGAAAAUAAUAAGGGAAAGCAGGGACAGGAGACAGAAGAUGAAAACGCGACCAUAAGCGGUCCUCGGGAAAAUAAAGACGCAUCUUGCAGGGAAGAAGUUUGCAGCCCCGCUGUGUUUGUGAACACACGUCGAGGCAGAGGAAACGCUACCAAGAGAAGGAUCUCUGAUACUGCAGCAGUGGCUGAGCCUGAUGCCAAGUCACCCCCAGGUGCUCCAGAGGGUGACACUGAAGUGGCUGCGCCCGGUGGACCCUGCGGUGCUAAGAAGAGAAAAGUGUCCCCUACCAAGGAUUCUAAGCACAGCAAAUCUGUGAGCACUGCGAAUGAGCAGCGGCAGCCUGACAUUAAGGAUGAAGCACCUGUGCAUGGCGAUGCGGUGUGUUCAGAAAAAGCUCCAAAAAUGACCAAAGCUGGUAAAAUCCCUCGUCUCCAAGGAGUCCAGAAGAACAAGCCGUUGUUGAAGCCUGUCACUCCUAACUUCAAAAAACUCCACGAGGCACAUUUUAACAAGAUGGAAUCGAUUGACUCGUAUGUCCAGCGGAAGACCAAGCAGAUGGAGACUUACAGAAGUUCAGUUAGAGAACUGAAGAACCUUUCAGACAAAACUACAGUGCAGCAAGCUGAUGGCAAAAUUCAAAUGAAGGCAAAUCGUGCUUCCAUAUUCAGCCCCGUCCCGGGGAAUAAGAGGGCCGCUGAGGACAAGCGCAGACACACUUUGCUCUCAGCCAGCAAAGCUCCUCUGAAUAAACCUGCUGGGAAGGAAGAUGCUCCGUUCAGACCGUCUGUCCUUUCCACUCGCAGGAUCAAUGUCCGGUUCUCAGAAGCCACUCGUGACAAUGAACACAAGAGGUCCAUGGUGAAGACGCCGGCACGCGUGUCCUCCUGCGUGACCUUGAGCACCCCUUUAAAGCAGACCACUGAUGGAGCAAAGUCCAGCAGUGUCAAGGCUUCAACUUUCUCUGCCACAAAAACACCAGGACCGUUUGUUUUCACCGGAAACACGAGUAUUUCAACAACCCCCGGAACACAAAAGGCAAAAUUUGACCUGAAGGCGAGUCUCUCUCGUCCCCUCACCUACAAGCCUCAUACAGGUAAGCUGAAGCCCUUCGGAGAGCCCAAAGAAAACACAGCAGCAAACCAGUCGCUGAUCUCAGCCAACUCGCAUCAGAAAAAUUACAAACAGCACCAAGUCCAGACAAGGGAUGACAGGAGAGCAAAACACACGGAAAACAGGAAGCAAAAGAAGGCGAGCUUGCUCGGUGCAAGAAGAGGCCUCGUCAUGAUGUAAAAAUGUUGCGCUUGUAGUCGUUUUGUACAGCCUCUCGUUUCCGUGUAAAUAUUCUGUCAUCUGCCGCUGACACAUUUGUUUCUGCCUGCUGCUGGGGAAUUAGACAAGUUCACAUUUUCUGCUUCUAGUCAAACCUACCAUGCAUUAGAAUAAACACUGUAUAGUCGUGAGUGAUCCAUUUCUGUACUUUCAUGUGUAGAUGAUCGACGUCCUGUGUUGCUGCAUGUUAAAAUGGUACUUUUGUACCUUUUUUCCUUUAAAAAUUGCCUUUACUUAUUUGAUAAGCUUUUGAAUUUGAUGUUUUUACUUUUUUUUGGAAAAGAUUGAUAAAACAAACAUUGAUGCAAAAGAA